GAAUAUAGUACAUUUUGUGACCAGAUUUGUUCCAUUGUAUGAAAUGCAUUUUUAACACAGCAUUAUGGAUAAUUGUGGCGUUGAAGAAUGCUUUGAGCAGGUGCUGUUUGCUAAGCACAUGGUUAAAUCAUGAGACUUUCUGUUCCCUUCAUAAUUGUAUCGUAACCACAGAUGUAUGUCUUUGCAUCCCAUCUGUUUAGCUGUUAAAAGUGAAGUAUUUAUGAUAAGGCAUUUAAAGCACCUUUCCUCCUUGCAGUUCUCUGUACUGGUAUGUGUUGGCGGGUUUAAAGAUAGCUGUCAGUUUUGCUUGGCUAUCUGUUCCAUGCACAACAUUUCAGUUAUGUGUGUGCUGGUAGAAGCAGCUGAUUCAGCAUGUGCCCAGAUCUGUAGUGUACUUAGAAUACCAGUAUAUUCUAGGCCUAGUGUUUGUGCAUUGUAAUGGGGCCAAAUUUGCUGGGUUCAGCCAGAGAAAACUAGACUUGCUUUUCCUUUUUUAUUUUUUUUUAUUUUGUGAAGAUAAAAUAACAUUUUCUUAAAUUGUUAAUGUCGGAACACUUGCAGGGCAGCAAAGGGAAACAAGAAAUGCAUAUUUCUUAUUCCUAAUAAGAGCAUAUAGCUUUAAAAUUAUGCUUUUGGAUUUGAUUGGACCUAUAGGCCACAAAAUAUACAUGAAAAUGGUGUUCAAAUUAAACCUAGUUGUGUCGACCUAGAAAUUAUACAAGACCGUUUUAAAUAAUAAAUGGCCAAAGAAUGGCCAAACCGAAGGGGGAAUUGAAAAGAAUGGCUUUAUAAUAAAGUUUUGAACAGCAGAAAUGUGUUGAGUCAUGGGGACAAUUGUACUUGCUAGGCCUUUAACUUGGGAUAUAUUAAAGUUGUUUUUUUUCAAAUUUUGUUGUUUGUGAAUACAUAUUCAUGAAACUGGGACUGUUUUUAAAGAAACCCACAAAAGUGUAGGACAGUUCCAUGAUUAUAAAACGGUUUUAUUCAUAAAAAAAACAAACUAUACUGUAUAUACAAAUAUUGGAAAUACAUGUGGGACAACAACAGUUUUAAUAAAAUACUGCAUGUGAUUGCAGCCAGAAAAUGUUGACCUACAGAUACAACACUUCCUAAGGUUUAGUACAUUUUCAGAUGUCUCUGAAGAUGAAGGAGAGAAGGCUGUGGAGAAAACUGCAGAAGAAACGACAAAGAAGAGAAAGAUCCAAACAAUAAAGCCAGCCAAGGCUAAGAAGACAAAAACACAGACUGAGUGUAUUGUCGCUAAGAAGGAAAAACAGGAAGAUGAGAAAGACACAAAGCCAAAAAGAAAAAGAAAGCUACUUGUUCAUUUCUUUUUUGCCCUGUCCUCUCCGUCUCUUGCCUUACAAAGACACCUGUGGGGGAAGUGGGGUAAAAGAAGGUGCAGCAACACAUUUUUUAGUAGUUUGCUCUCGACUUAGAAUAAACUUAAGCAUGCAAGAGCAUUGGGCCCCCAGCAGGCAUUUUCUGGAACACUAAAGCUUUAUGAAUGUGAUCCAAAGUGUCCAAUAAGACAUUUCCGAGGACAGUGCAGCACAAGGUGUGUAAUUGCUCACAAGGUGUAAUCAUCACACAGGUUUCAUCUCCACACAGCCACUUUGAAAAAUGACUCUGUAAAUUGAAUGUGGAAAACCUUUAUAAGGGUAUUAAACUCAUUUCAUGAUGAACAGUUCAUUUAAAGUCAAAGAAAACCACAAAUGCAAAAAUAAUGAAUAAGCUUUACCCCAAACAGUAUGUAUCGUAUCGUUACAUGAAUAUAUUAUUACACCCCUACUUAAUAGUGAAUAAGGCAGGGUUUGCUUUGCUUUACAUUAAAUAGUUCAGAUAUGCAACACCAAGCAGUUCAUUCAAACUGAAUCUAAAUCAUCCAACAUGACUUGUUUUUUUCACCAGUAAGCUUUGUCAUGUCAGCUUAAACUCACAGUACAUCAUGUGGCAUUAGCCAUAGGACAUUGAAAACCUGGCACAGGAAUUACAUUUUUUUAACAAUGUGUCACUACAUUUUAGAGUCCCCUUGAUUUUACCUUGUUUAUAUUUUUCCAUGUACUGGCAGCGUCAGACCCUAAACCAGGCUGUCCUGCUGACCUGCAGAAACUGUUUGAGGACAACUUCAAAUAAGCGCUCUGUCAUUGAAAUGGAGGAGCUGAAACUGCCAGGUGCGACACCUUUAGCAAGGAGAACUCUUUAUUUAUUGAUUAGACAACCACACCCUCGGAUUAUGUGCAUGUCACGAGUGAUAAGGCCGACAGACCACGUUUUCCAUCAACAGAAAGAUUCCUGCUUCCUUCCGAGCAAUGACCUCACCCACAGUCUCUCUUCAUUUCUUAAGGAAAUCUGCCCCAAGUGGGCAAAGCUGUGUAAAAACCACACUGAGGAGAAAUCUGUGGUGAUGUUGAUUGUCUGUAGCUCUGCCCAUCGUGUUCUGGAUUUCAUCAAGCAACUUACAACCUUCAAGGGCAAUUCCAAAGUUCUGAAACUGUUUGCAAAACAUAUAAAGGUAGAAGAGCAGAUCAAGUUGCUACAGAAAGGAGUGACCCACAUGGGGACCCCAGGGAGGAUUAAAGCUCUCGCAGAACAAGAUGGUCUGAGUGUGAAAGCUCUGAAGUAUGUGGUGUUGGACUGGAACUGGAGCUCAGGAGAAUGCCAGACAUCCCAGAGUAAGUGGCAGUAAGUAAGAUGUCAAACAGAAAGGACCCUCCUGGGUCUCAGCCUUUUAUGAAGCGUCCAGACAACACAGCUUUUAAACAGCAGAAGCUUCCUGCCUGGUCUCCCACCCUCAAAGCAGAGACUGUUC